AUGAGGCGAUGGCAGGGACAUCUGCUGAAAGGAGGGUGGAGGGUGGAGCUGAGGAAGAAUAUUCUGUUCCUGCAGAGGGAGCCCGAACGAAUGGUGAGCCCAUGCCUGCAGAAGCAGAUGCAAGGGAAAGAGGAGGGAGAAGAGGAAGGGGAGGAGGUGGGGGAAGGGGUGGAAGGGGUGAGACGGGCGAAAGGGGUGAAACGGGAGGAAGGGGUGAAACGGGAGGAAGGGGAGGAAGAGGAGGAAGUGGAGGAAGGGGAGGAAGGGUUGGAAGGGGAGGAAGGGGAGGAAGAGUUGGAAGGGGAGGAAGGGGAGGAAGGGGAGGCAGAGGAAGAGGGGUUACCGCUACAUGCGACACAGAUGGCUUCACAGGACAAGGAGGGAUGGGGGCUGGUUCUGCUCAGAAAGGGAUGGGGGCUGGUUCUGCUCAGGGAGAGAUGGGGGCUGGUUCUGCUCAGGAAGGGAUGGGGGCUGGUUCUGCUCAAGGAGGGAUGGGGGCUGGUUCUGCUCAGAAAGGGAUGGGGGCUGGUUCUGCUUAGGGAGGGAUGGGGGCUGGUUCUGCUCAGGGAGGGAUGGGGGCUGGUUCUGCUCAGAAAGGGAUGGGGGCUGGUUCUGCUCAGGGAGAGAUGGGGGCUGGUUCUGCUCAGGAAGCGAUGGGGGCUGGUUCUGCUCAGGAAGGGAUGGGGGCUGGUCCUGCUCAGGGAGCGAUGGGGGCUGGUUCUGCUCAGGGAGGGAUGGGGGCUGGUUCUGCUCAGGAAGGGAUGGGGGCUGGUUCUGCUCAGGAAGGGAUGGGGGCUGGUUCUGCUCAGGGAGGGAUGGGGGCUGGUUUUGCUCAGGAAGGGAUGGGGGCUGGUUCUGCUCAGGGAGGGAUGGGGGCUGGUUCUGCUCAGGAAGGGAUGGGGGCUGGUCCUGCUCAGGGAGGGAUGGGGGCUGGUUCUGCUCAGAAAGGGAUGGGGGUUGGUUCUGCUCAAGGAGGGAUGGGGGCUGGUUCUGCUCAGGAAGGGGUGGGGGCUGGCUCUGCUCAGGAAGGGAUGGGGGCUGGUUCUGCUCAGGGAGGGAUGGGGACUGAUAGGGAUGGGGGCUGGUUCUGCUCAGGGAGGGAUGGGGGCUGGUUCUGCUCAGAAAGGGAUGGGGGCUAGUUCUGCUCAGGGAGGGAUGGGGGCUGGUUCUGCUCAGGGAGGGAUGGGGGCUGGUUCUGCUCAGGAAGGGAUGGGGGCUGGUUCUGCUCAGAAAGGGAUGGGGGCUGGUUCUGCUCAGGAAAGGAUGGGGGCUGGUCCUGCUCAGGGAGGGAUGGGGGCUGGUUCUGCUCAGAAAGGGAUGGGGGUUGGUUCUGCUCAAGGAGGGAUGGGGGCUGGUUCUGCUCAGGAAGGGGUGGGGGCUGGUUCUGCUCAGGAAGGGAUGGGGGGAGGGAUGGGGGCUGGUUCUGCUCAGAAAGGGAUGGGGGCUGGUUCUGCUCAAGGAGGGAUGGGGGCUGGUUCUGCUCAGAAAGGGAUGGGGGCUGGUUCUGCUCAGGGAGGGAUGGGGGCUGGUUCUGCUCAGGAAGGGAUGGGGGCUGGUUCUGCUCAGGAAGGGAUGGGGGCUGGUUCUGCUCAGGGAGGGAUAGGGGCUGGUUCUGCUCAGGGAGGGAUGGGGGCUGGUUCUGCUCAGGAAGGGAUGGGGGCUGGUUCUGCUCAGGAAGGGAUGGGGGCUGGUUCUGCUCAGAAAGGGAUGGGGGCUGGUUCUGCUCAGGGAGAGAUGGGGGCUGGUUCUGCUCAGGGAGGGAUGGGGGCUGGUUCUGCUCAGGAAAGGAUGGGGGCUGGUCCUGCUCAGGGAGGGAUGGGGGCUGGUUCUGCUCAGGGAGGGAUGGGGGCUGGUUCUGCUCAGGAAGGGAUGGGGGCUGGUUCUGCUCAGGAAGGGAUGGGGGCUGAUUCUGCUCAGGGAGGGAUGGGGGCUGGUUCUGCUCAGGGAGGGAUGGGGGCUGGUUCUGCUCAGGAAGGGAUGGGGGCUGGUUCUGCUCAGGAAGGGAUAGGAGCUGGUCCUGCUCAGGGAGGGAUGGGGGCUGGUUCUGCUCAGGGAGGGAUGGGGGCUGGUUCUGCUCAGGAAGGGAUGGGGACUGGUCCUGCUCAGGGAGGGAUGGGGGCUGGUUCUGCUCAGGAAGGGAUGAGGGUUGGUCCUGCUCAGGGAGGGAUGGGGGCUGGUUCUGCUCAGAAAGGGAUGGGGGCUGGUUCUGCUCAGGAAGGGAUGGGGGCUGGUUCUGCUCAGGGAGGGAUGGGGGCUGGUUCUGCUCAGGAAGGGAUGGGGGCUGGUCCUGCUCAAGGAGGGAUGGGGGCUGGUUCUGCUCAGGGAGGGAUGGGGGCUGGUCCGCAUAGGCCAGAGGCGCCGCGAGUGUUGCAAAGCGGAGGGAGGCGUGUCAGGGGAGGAGGGGGAGGAAGGGUAGGGAUGAAUGCACCAAGGCAAAGUGCUGGUAGUACACCAACAAUUGCAGGAGUACAGCCGCGGAGUGUGGAGAGAGUGAUUGGGGAACGACGGCGGUGGCUGUCACGGAUGCGACAGCGAUGCCAGGUGGCGCAGCAGGCAGAGGUGGAUGGUGCAGUAGAGGAGCAACAAACCUGGCGGCAGGAUGUGUCAUCUGGGGAAGCGCAGUCAGAGCAUCAACCUGUUACAGGGGUGGGCGGACACGGGAGCAGCGCAGAUGGCGGGGUACACCAGGAGGAGUUUUUGCAGCGGAAAGAGCAGCAGAGGGUAAGUCGACAGCGUCGCCUUUAUUAG